AUUCACACUGUAAUGGCGAAUCGCACAAGGAUGUCGGAUCACAUCCGGAAGAAGACGACGAUCGGAAUACCUUCCGUCGGGGGUGGAGGGGGACACAUUUAAGGGUUAAUGAAGGGGACCGAUCUCCGCCACCGUCGACGCCACCGUCGAACUUCGUAAUUUCAUGGAACGCGAGCGAGACAGAAACGAAAUUUAUCGAUAAUAACGGCGCGAAUGGCGGCGGCCGGAACGAAAGGACGGCGGAGCAGAAGAGGAACUGGACGGGGAAGCGGAGGGAAAGGGGUAAGUGGAAGGUUGAAGGCAGGGCGAGAGCGGUGGCUUCAGCUGACCUUUUUAAGCCGUGAAGGGGAGAUUCGGUCUGCUCGACUGGCCCGUCUGUCCCACCCCUGCAGUCCCCGCGCCAUCACGUAAUGAUCCGCAGCGGCGCUCAACUUCUUAAGGAACCCGCAAUCGCCGCCAGGGACUCUCAAUGGGAGAAGGCAGAUAAUUUUCACUGUUAUUAUUAUUGGGCGAUUCAUUAUUAUUUUUAUUGUCAGGGAACUGCGAUAGUCGCAAAUUGGAGGUUCCAAAAUUCUACGAGGAUUUAUGCGCUCAAACGCUCGUCGGACUCCGUAUUAUUGGAAGUUCAAAGAUCCGAGGGAGCCUACAGCUGGGUAGAAGCUAGGGCGGCGGAAUUACGAGCGGCGAUUUUUCGCGCCUGGUAUGAUAUAACGUUCGUCUCGUUGAGACGAGACUAUAGCAUCAAAUCUCGGAAAUUUAUCCGAGCAUUCGCGGUGCAAUCGGAAAAUCUGGGAAACAGGAUACCGUUGUGGCCGUCGACAGUUUCCAACGUUCAUUUCCCAUCAACUGGAAAAGCCUUCGUGGCUGUGAGAUGGAAGAGUGAAACAGAGACAGAGAGGGAGCGAAGCGUAGGGGCGGAAGGGGGGAGGAGGCAAUUCAUUAAAACUGCCGAAGGCGGCGAACGAUUGCUUAUAGCCUGUACUUGAAGCCGCGCAUUAAAUCUACGUUAUUACGGGUUAUUACCGAGUAAUGAGAGACCUCCUCGCGCCAUUUACGUAUCUUCUGGCCUGCCGAUGCAAUCCCGUUUCUCUCUGCCUGCUCUCCCGCUCCCCCCUCCCCCCUGAGUCCAAACCCCACCCUCGUUCCUCGCGACCCAUCCCUCACGUGAAUUUGACGCGCGAUGGAACACCCAGUACGCGCGCGAGCGCGCAAUUUAACCAAGGGAGUAAUUUUUCAUAAAUUUGCUUCGUGGAAAGAGUGAGAAAGAGCGAGCGAGCGAGAGAGAGAGAGAGAGAGAGAGAGUAUUGUAUUUAAAUCGACGUGCGGAGAAACGACAGGUGAUCGAAGGGAAUCGCGAAAGAUAAAUUUUCCGAGCGGUUUGCGCGUCGACAAGACGCGAUUUAGAAACCAUAAUGGUAGAAACGGGCAUUAGAUUAAUUAUUGAAAUUAAUUUCUUGCAACCUAAUUUUCUCUUUCUUUAUUCAUCUUCCUUCUCUCACUUCUUCACUCGCUUAUUCCAAGUAUCACCGUGAAAAGAAAGAUGACAGAUUUUGGAUACAUCGUCGAAUUCAGUGUUCAUAUCUCGGGCUGUGUUUUGGGGAAGGCGUUCGUUUCGCGAGUGUUUCAGAAGAUCGCUUUGGAGUUUUGCAAAAACGCCCGUCAAUUAGAAGUUUGCGCGCUGCCGACGAUUCGCCGCGUCGACGAGAGCACAGGGUGGCACUCGAGGUGGAAAUAGCGAGCAAAAAGCAGAAAUUCCCGCGUCCGGUGCUCCGGUUGGCCGCGCGGCACAUGCGCGACUAAUUACAAUCCCCUUUGAUGAUUCGCCGCCGCCUUCUUAACUCCCUUCCCUCCCCGUCGCCACCGUGGCCGCCGUCGCUGCCGCGGUCGUUCCUUCGAGCUUCACCGACGAUCGCGUCGGUCAACGGAUGGGCUUUGGGCCCAGUGUUGGAAAAAAAGUGCGCUAACGAAGAACGAUUUCGAAUUCAUGGAUAUCGCUGCUUCCAUCCGAAAAAGUAGCGAUUUAUGACACAAAAGAAAGAAAAAGGUGAAGAAAAUCGAGAAUACGCAGCAGAACUUUUAUAUAAUUUUUUACUCUAUUUUACUUAUUUUUCUUUUUAUUUAUUUUACAUUGUUGGGAGUGGUGAUGUACUUUGAACACUGGUUUCUGGUUUUCUAUUUUUUACAAAU